CCUAACCGCUUUCCACUGUUUGUUGCAAUCAGUUUCUUACUCUAACAAGAAUUCUUUAAAUCUCACUUGCUCUCUCUGAUCUCUCUUACACCUUAUUCUUCAAAACCCUAGUCAUAAUUCACAUUACUCUUUUUUCUUCUUCAUUCACAAUGUAUGGAAAAGUGAAAAGAAGUAGAAUUCCUUCAACUCAUAAAGACAUUCAUGUUCUUGAUCAAGACAUUGAAUAUGUUCGAAAUAAUUUUUCUUCCAAGAUUUCAAUCUCAGAACAACAACAACCAGUUGUAUGUUCUUCGGAUGCACAACCACCAAAGAAGAAGAUCUUAACAGUUAAUAAGAUGAGAGUUCACAAAAGUGAUCGAUUUUAUGAGUUUUGUCACUAUUGUAAGGAUUAUAUCAGUGAGAAUGCGAAUGUGUUUAUGUAUGGUUAUCUUGGUGCAUAUUGCGGCACAGCAUGCCGAAGCCAACAAAUCCAAAUGGACACUGCAGCAGAGAAAUUCUCAAAUGCUGCUAGGAGGAAUGGUCAGAUUUCUGCUCAAUUUGGAAAGAGUAAAAGGGCAUUUCCCAUAUUCUUUAUCUAACUGCAGGAAGGUACAGAUAAUGGAGUGACGUCGAGCUUUCAGAGUUUUGAUGAUCGGCUCGCAAUUUAGUAUAUGAAAGAACUAAUCUAAACUUAGUUUACUCUUUCAGUAGCUAGUCAAUUUGUGUUUAUUUGCACAUAACGAACCAAUUGACUUUAGGAUUAGAAGAAGUAUUAGCACUAAUCAACUUUUGAAUAUUUUGAGCUGUAUUAGUGUUUUUCGUUUGAAAACAUUGAAUAAAAUU